AUGCCCGAGAAACCCAACAAGCCCGCAAAGACCGAGCCAGAGGCGCCUAUGGUCUCUCAUGGCCGAGGAGGCCAAGGCAACAUUGGCCACGACCCGACCGAAUACGUCGAUGGCGAGAUCGUUCGCGAAGGCCCCUACGGCGACCAAGGUGAUGGCGCUUACUCUGCCGGCGUGAGUACCUCUCCAUCCAUCAAACCGUGCCUAGCUCCCACUGAUGCAUUCAACCCUACCCAGCGAGGCGGCGCAGGAAACAUCGGCUCCCCAAUGGUCCGGCCUAUGUCUAGGGCUCCCCAUGACGCCGAUAUGAUCCCCGAGCUCGCUGUGCGCGACUCGGUCGACGAAACAUACCACACCGGGCGCGGCGGACAGGGAAAUGUUCAUCUUGAUGCGGCUUCGCUGAAGGAGAAGAAGGUGAAGAAGGUGGCGCAUGAGGGGUUGGCUGAUAAGUUGAAGUAUAAGUUGAUGGGGCGGAAGUAG